AUCAAAUUAAAAAUGCCUUCAAAACUUAUAUUUUAAAAACAAACCAAUUUUAUCAAUGUCAAUUAAAACGAGAAGAAAUUUCAAGUGAUGAGUAUUUUAAUAAUACUGAAAUUCUUAAUGCAUUAAAGUCUCGAAUAGUUAAAAUGGCUAAUGAAAUUAAGAGAUUUAGCAACCGAUACAAUAUUUUAGAAAAGAAAGCCGAUUAUUUUCAAACGAAGUCAAAUUUAUUAAUAAAAGAAAAUAAAGUCCUAAGAAAAGAGGUCAAAGCUCUAAGAAAGGAAAAUGAAGCAAUAAGAGAAGUCAUUGCGCAUUCAAUUAAUAUAAAUAAUCAUAACAUAGAUCAAUAUGAGAAUGAAAUAAGAAAACUUCGUCAAAUUAUCGAAGAAAUUGUCUUUCUAUUUCAAGAUAAUAGUAUUAUUGAUUUUGAAACAGUAAAUAGAAUAUUAUUUUUUAACGGAAUCAGAUUAAUUCAAGUUUCAGCUCCUCGAAAAUGCUAUAAAAGUUUUGAAGAGGCCUUUGAAGCAACAAAUAAUUCCGAAAAAAUAGUUGAAAUUGACGAUGAAGGAAACACAAUUAAAGAACGUUCAUUGCCUCGUACAUUUUCGUUUAUUGUUAAUGAAGAAGAUACUGGUGAAUGUUCCAACUCAAAUCAUAGAAAUAACGGCGAUAAAGGUGAUGAUAGUGAAGAAAAUAGGUUCAAUGAGGCUAAUGACAGUGAAGAAAAUAGUGAUGACGAAGAAAAUAGUGAUGAUAAAGUCAAAGAAAGUGAUAACCAUAUGGAUGUUUCAUGGUAG